AUGUCCGCCGAAAAGAGACCUGCUUCCGAUGACCCCAGCGGGGGUCAGCUCGUCAAGAGACCCAACCUGGGCUCGAGUCGCGCCCUCACGAGGACCAGCGCGACUGGCAGCAGCGGUGACCUUAUCCAGACAGCUCCCCGUACGAGCAGCCUCCAGGCUCCGGUGAUGGAGCUGUCCGGCCACUCGGGCGAGAUCUUUGCGGCCAAGUUCGACCCUACCGGCAACCUUAUAGCUUCUGGUUCCAUGGACCGUACCAUCAUGCUCUGGAGAACCUAUGGCGACUGCGAAAACUACGGUGUCCUCAACGGUCACAAGGGUGCCGUCCUCGACCUCCAAUGGUCGCGCGACUCCGAGAUCCUCUUUUCCGCCUCCGCCGACAUGCACCUUGCCAGCUGGGACCUUACAUUAGGCACAAGGAUACGGCGCUACGUCGGACACGAAGAAAUCGUCAACUCACUUGACAUCUCGAGACGCGGCGAGGACCUGCUCAUCAGUGGUAGCGACGACGGGACGAUUGGCAUCUGGGAUCCGCGAACCAAGAACGCCGCCGAUUACAUCGAGACCGACUUCCCCAUAACCGCCGUGGCCAUGUCGGAGGCCGGCAACGAGAUCUACUCGGGAGGAAUUGACAACGACAUCAAAGUUUGGGAUGUGCGGAAGAAGGCAGUCGUAUACUCGAUGAUCGGACAUCAGGAUACUGUCACCACAUUGCGGGUGUCGCCAGAUUCGCAACAGCUGCUCUCGUACGCCAUGGAUUCGACAGCGAGGACAUGGGAUAUCAGGCCGUUUGCUCCUGCGGAUAGGCACAUUCGUACGUUUGAUGGCGCGCCGCUUGGCAUGGAGCAGAACCUCAUCAAGGGAAGCUGGGACAAAGAUGGCAAGAAGAUUGCCGUGGGCGCGGGUGAUGGCACCGUGGUUAUCUGGGGCAGUGACACUGGCAAGCUUUUGUACAAGCUUCCGGGUCACAAGGGAACGGUCAACGUAGCCGAGUUCUCUCCCGGCACUGAUCCUCUUAUUCUCUCUGCGUCGUCCGAUAGGACCAUGCUGCUAGGCGAGCUGAAGUGA